AUGCACCAUCAUCGUUAUGUGGUUACCAAAUCCAUCGACACAGUCAAACGCCCUCAGGUCAGACUCAAGUGCCAGAAAUCCCCUAUUCAUGCAUGGGGAGUCUAUGCAGACCAACCGAUUGCUGCUCAUACGAUGGUCAUUGAAUUUGUAGGGGAAAUCGUUCGUCAACAGGUAGCAGAGGCACGUGAAAGACAGAGAGGGAUAGGCAGUCGUUACCUGUUUCGUGUGGAUGAAGAUACCAUGUUGGAUGCGACACACAAGGGCAACAUGGCUCGGUUUAUUAACCAUUGCUGCACACCAAACUGUAGUGUUAAAAUCAUGAUGGUCCAUCAACAGAAAAAAGUCAUGAUCUAUGCUAAUCGCGAUAUUGAAGCAGGAGAAGAAAUCACCUAUGAUUAUAAGCUACCAAGUCAAACAGAAAAGAUACCUUGUCGUUGUACAAGUAAAUUCUGUAAAGGAACGUAA